AUGCAGGUCCUACUGUUCCUGAUAGUACUUCUCUUGCCUUCAGGAGCUGGAGCUGAGGAGAUUAUUGGUGGUGUUGAGGUUAAACCACACUCUCGCCCUUAUAUGGCCUAUCUGAAGAUCAUCCCUUACCAUGGUCGCCCAUACAGCUGUGGUGGGUUUCUCAUAACCCUUCAAUUUGUGCUGACUGCGGCACACUGCAAAGGAAGAGAAAUCACUGUCAUCCUCGGAGCUCAUAAUGUCAGCAAGACAGAAUCUACACAGCAAAAGAUAAAAGUUGAAAAACAAAUUCCUCACCAAUGUUUUGAUGGGACAUUUGGUUUCAAUGACAUCAUGCUACUGAAGCUUGAAGAGCAAGCUGAGUUGACUCCUGCUGUGGAUGUAAUUCCCCUGCCUGGUCCCUAUGACUCUAUCAAGCCUGGGGACAUGUGCUGGGCAGCAGGCUGGGGGAAAACUGGAGUGACAGAACGUGCUUCAGAUACCCUGAGGGAGGUGGAACUGAGAAUCAUGGAUAAAGAGGCCUGUGUAAAACAUGAGUGUUAUGACGAUAACAGCCAGGUCUGCGUAGGCAGUCCCACAGUGUUAAAAUCCAUAUACUGUGGAGACUCUGGGGGACCUCUAGUGUGUGCUGGUGUGGCCCAUGGUAUUGUAUCUUACAAUAAGCCUGGAGAUGAAAAGCCUCCUGCAGUCUUCACCCAAAUCUCCUCAUACAUGCUCUGGAUUAACCAUGUCUUAAAGGGCAAGUAGCUAAAAAGCCUGAGCAGCAAUCUCCAAGACUGAGUUUACCUGGUACCCCAUGAGUUCAACAGAGCCAUCACCAGCUUGUCCCCAGCCUGCCCUCAAC